CAACCCGACCAACACAUUAACAUAAGAAAGACUCUCCGAACGCCAUACAUUCCAAAACCUCUCAGUAUGAACACCAAACCACCACUUCAAGUUCCCAACUAUAUUGGUAGUGGUACAUCAUCUCGUCCACAAAGUCCUUCGCUGUGUUUUUCCACUACUUCCUCGAAGACAGAUAAAAAUGAACCUGUUACCCUGUGCGGCUGCCAGCAAGCACCAAAAUCUCAAUGCGCCUCGGCUCUGGGAGUUCUCGUACUGGUUCUAGCCUACACUGCGCUUGGAUCAGUACUUUUCGUCACGCUGGAAGGAGAUGGUGAAGAUGGCGAUAUCAUUGAAACUUCUGUAGCGGCAUCCAAACCAUAUCCUAGGCAUGAUUUAGUUAGUGCAGAAAUGCGCCUUAAGACUGUCGAUCGAUUGUGGUCCAUCACUGAGGAUUUAAACAUACUCUAUAAAGAAAAUUGGACUCGUUUGGCUGCCCAAGAAAUAUUACAUUUUCAGGACACGAUAAUACGAGCAGUUCGAGCUUCUCGUACACAACAGGUGACCAAUGUACAGCAAAACACACGGCCCUACAAAUGGACAUUUGCUUCCGCUUUCCUGUACUCGUUAACAUUGAUAACAACAAUAGGUUUUAGCGGCAUUUCCCCACGGACCCAGUGGGGACGCGUGGCAGCACUGAUUUAUGCGCUUUUUGGAAUACCCAUCAUCCUGCUGUACCUCUCGGCCAUCGGCGAAGGCUUAUCGAGUGGUAUGCGUUGUCUUUUUCGUCGUAUACGACCGAACCGUUCCCCUCCUGGGAGCACCAACAACAGCAACAGCAGCAAUUCAAGUAUUGGCAGUGUCAGCGUUCCCAUGAGCAGCAAGGCAACGGUGGCCGAAAUGCAUAAACGGUCGCAGCAACCGAGCUACCAUCAAACCUGGAACCACGGUGGCACUACCAUUCACGAUCCCUGCGCAUACGCCCUCAAUGCGCACGGGUUGCGUGCCGGCGGAAUGGCAGCAAACAGCAAACUUCACUCUCAAUCCGUGGUACCAAUAUCGGUGUGCAUUAUGAUACUGAUCUGCUAUAUUACACUAGGGGCGGUACUGUUUCAUAAGCUGCAGCCUUGGGGAGUACUGGAAAGCCUAUACUUUUGUUUCACUUCGCUCGGUACCAUCGGGUUUGGCGAUCUGAUGCCGAAGGGCACCGUUGCACAAUACGCCGCAUCAGCAUACAUCAUCAUCGGGAUGGCCGUCGUAGCAAUGUGCUUCAGUCUCAUCCAAACAGAACUUAUCAUCUGGUUGAAGAAGUUUACCAUCCCCGAAUCGCUACCCACAUCCACCGAGGAUGUGGCGCUCGUUUCGGUCGCCAUGACACCGAUAAAAUCCUGACAACGGCCAAACGAUCUUAUCCCCAACGAGUACAACUCACUUCCGCGCCGUUCAAGCGCAUUUCAUCGCAAUACUCCAGCGCGGCGUUCCACCGGCAUCAUGGAGAAUCACAUGGAAUAUUUCGUACCUCGAAGCGUUAGCGAAUUCAAUCUGUCUGGCGUAGGCGAUCUAGCGCUCCCUCCGGUUAAACGCAAUCUAGUGACACAGCACGCGGCCAGCUCGACCAUGCUGGCCGCACCGAAGCCGCGCGAAAAAAUGGUCACGUUUGAGGACGAAUCCAAAUUUUUGCACGGCGUGCCUACCACACCGAGAAAGCCGACCCUGACCAACGAUGUGUUCAUGUGACGAGACGGUUCCCGUAAUGGUGAAACGCCUCCACCGAACCAGUAUCCAAAUGAUGUGAUCAAGGUUUGAUAUGACUGGAACACCUUCGCUCAGAAAGCUUCCGGUGUGUUUCACCAAUAAAUUUCCUAUUGUUGACAACCUUUCGGUUACGGCCGUGUGUAAUAUAGAAGCUCGACCCAAUGACAAGUAAAUAAGGAUCACAGCAUAUGUGUAACACAGCGAAGGUGGAAGAAAGUUUUAAUAAUCGGUAUCAAUAAAACAAUGUUUUAUGAGCAUCACCUUCUCUCCUCUCGCUCAACUCAACGAAGAACUUCAUCAAAAAUACUGUCAAAUGUCCCAAAGGAACAAUCACCACACUCAUGCAAUAUACAUUACUAAUGAAUGUAUGUAUGUAGCUAUUAAGCAAGAUUAUCGGUUUGGUCAAAAUCGUGCCAACUAUUGCACGUACGGUUUAGGUAGCAAAUAAGUGAGUGAGAUUACAGCAACAUUUCCGCGAAUAGUGACAACGACGAAAAGCGGUAUACACCCAUUGGAGGCAGAGUAACGUCGCAUUGAGUUUAACUGUUACUAACCUCGAUCGAAAACAUGUACAUAGUAUUCUGUUGUAACAUUGUGAGGCCAAUAAAAAAACAUAAACUACAUUAGAAAA